CUACUCUCUUUGCUUUGCAUCUCAUUUUGAGGCAAAGGUCAAUUGGAAUUCAUUGAUAAAACCGAAGAGCCUAGUUCACAAUUCCGGGCUUCAAGCCCAGCCCAGCCCAGCCCGAUAUUGGGAAUUCAAGAGGAGAGAAUUCACACACGUUUCUCUUCCUAUGACCCGAAGCCCGAUCCUCUCAAAACCUUUUGUAGCAAAUCACCUCAAGGAAGAGUCCGGCAUCGCCGCCGGCGGUAGCGGUGUUUCUGUGCUCCACCAACGGUUCGGGUGAAAGCAAAUAAAGGUACUUCCCAGACUUCAUGAACCCACAAAAUCUUUGAAUUCUAUUGAAGAAGAGGGAUUGGCUGGUAUCUCUCUGUAGAUAAAAGGAAUUAUUAGAAAUUAAUGGAGUCAGCAGAGCUGGUGGAUGCCCAGAAGGAUAGGGUUCGGAUAAAGAGGAAAACAUUAGAGGCCAUGCUCCAGCAAUGUCAGUUGGCCCUCCAACAGCUUGCCUCUGGCUGCGAUGUUGAUGAUGAUGAUGACGAUGAUGUUGAUGGUGAAUCCGAUGUCCCCCAAGACUCUGGCGACACCUCCUCUCCCCCUGCCAGUUGUGAAACUGACACAACGGAGUUUUACGACCUUUUGAAAUCUAGAGUUGAAUGUGCUGAUUUCCUCAAGAAACUAGAAAACGCCCGGGCAACUUUUCCAGAAAACAUAGCUGAGGAAGGCAGUUCCUGGGACAUGGUCAGCGAAAAUGAUCUUUGGGAAGGUGGAAAUGUGGAGUUAGACCCAGAAGAUUAUGUGUUAGUUGGGCAAGAAGAUAUAAUGGAUGGUAUAGCAUCCUUCAUGGCUGCGUAUCUUUUGUCCCUUAAACAAACUAAGGAGUUGACACCUAACCAACUUCAAGCAGCUCUGAGCAAGACAUUCUCAGUGAAAAAGAAGAAGGGCAAGCUUCGGAAGGCAUGGGAUGGAAGCAAAGUAAUUUACAAUGUAGCAUCCUGGGGAGCUACAGCCGUUGGAAUUUAUCAGAAUCCUGCCCUUUUUAGGGCUGCAUCUGCAGCAUUCUGGACAUCGUGUCAUGUUAUCUCAAAGCUUUUCUGAGCCACAGCAGUGACUUAGGAAGGACCUGGUGAUUGGGUUUAGCUGUUCUUUAGGUGAGGCCAAACUAUGUGAAGUUUACAAGGUUGUCUAAUAUAUAUUGCAUCUGUUCGUAUGACACAUUUGAAUUCGUUUCAAGUUUUUGGUUCUGUAAAUAUUUCUGGGUGGUCUGUAUAUAUGGUUGUUUAGCUGUUUGUAUUUUCAAGUGUAUUGUUUAGUAAUUGCCUCAACAGGCAAGUAAAUCAUCACAC